CCGCCCCUCCUGCCUGCCGCAGCCCCCUACCGCCGGGUCAGCCCCGAAGAGUUGCCCGGUGGCCACGGCAGACGGAAGCCGAGUGAGAGUCUCGGCGGUGGCGGCGGCAGGAUGGGAGACUCCAAAGUGAAAGUGGCCGUCCGGAUCCGGCCCAUGAACCGAAGAGAAAUUGACUUGCAUACCAAAUGUGUGGUGGAUGUAGAUGCAAACAAGGUUAUUCUUAAUCCUGUGAAUACUAAUCUUUCCAAAGGAGAUGCCCGAAGCCAGCCAAAGGUGUUUGCAUAUGAUCAUUGUUUCUGGUCUAUGGAUGAAUCUGUCAGAGAAAAGUAUGCAGGUCAAGAUGAUGUUUUUAAGUGCCUUGGGGAGAGUAUUCUCCAAAAUGCUUUUGAUGGCUACAAUGCAUGUGUCUUUGCCUACGGACAAACUGGAUCUGGAAAAUCUUAUACCAUGAUGGGUACAGCUGACCAACCUGGAUUAAUCCCAAGACUUUGCAGUGGACUCUUUGAACGAACUCAGAAAGAGGAAAAUGAAGAGCAGAGUUUUAAAGUAGAAGUGUCCUAUAUGGAAAUUUAUAAUGAAAAAGUCAGAGACCUUCUUGAUCCCAAAGGAAGCCGUCAAACGUUAAAGGUCAGAGAACACAGUGUGUUGGGACCCUAUGUCGACGGACUGUCUAAACUGGCUGUCACAAGCUAUAAGGAUAUUGAGUCCUUGAUGUCUGAGGGUAAUAAAUCCCGUACAGUUGCUGCAACCAAUAUGAAUGAGGAGAGUAGCCGAUCUCAUGCGGUUUUCAAAAUCACCCUCACCCAUACUUUGUACGAUGUGAAGUCUGGGACAUCUGGAGAGAAAGUGGGCAAGCUGAGCUUGGUGGAUUUAGCUGGCAGUGAGCGGGCAACAAAAACUGGUGCUGCUGGUGACAGGCUGAAGGAGGGGAGCAACAUUAACAAGUCCCUCACAACCCUUGGUCUGGUUAUCUCAGCCCUAGCAGAUCAGAGUGCUGGCAAAACCAAGAAUAAAUUUGUUCCGUAUCGUGACUCGGUUCUCACUUGGCUGCUCAAAGACAGUCUUGGGGGCAACAGUAAGACAGCCAUGGUAGCUACUGUGAGUCCAGCAGCUGAUAACUAUGACGAAACCCUUUCAACUCUUCGGUAUGCAGAUCGCGCAAAGCACAUCGUGAACCACGCUGUGGUGAAUGAGGAUCCUAAUGCACGAAUCAUCCGAGAUCUAAGAGAAGAAGUAGAAAAACUCCGAGAGCAGCUAACUAAAGCAGAGGCAAUGAAGUCUCCAGAACUAAAAGAACGGCUGGAAGAAUCAGAGAAGCUAAUCCAGGAAAUGACUGUGACCUGGGAGGAGAAAUUAAGGACAACCGAGGAGAUUGCUCAGGAACGGCAGAAACAACUUGAGAGUCUUGGGAUAUCUCUUCAGUCUUCUGGAAUUAAAGUCGGGGAUGAUAAAUGUUUCCUUGUUAAUCUGAAUGCUGAUCCUGCUUUGAAUGAACUUCUGGUUUACUAUUUAAAGGAACAUACAUUGAUAGGUUCAGCAAAUUCCCAAGAUAUCCAGCUGUGUGGCAUGGGAAUUCUUCCUGAACACUGUAUUAUAGACAUCACACCAGAAGGCCAGGUUAUCCUGACUCCUCAAAGGAACACCAGAACAUUUGUAAAUGGCUCUUCCGUGUCCAGUCCUAUACAGCUACACCAUGGGGACAGGAUAUUAUGGGGAAACAACCACUUCUUCAGAUUGAAUUUGCCUAAAAAGAAAAAGAAAGUAGAUCGAGAGGAUGAGGAACAAGAUACCUCCAUGAAGAAUGAUACCAGUUCUGAGCAGCUAGAUGUAGAUGGCGACUCCUCCAGCGAAGUAUCCAGUGAAAUCAACUUCAACUAUGAAUAUGCACAGAUGGAAGUUACCAUGAAGGCUCUGGCUAAUAAUGAUCCAAUGCAGUCAAUACUGAACAGUGUAGAACAACAGCAUGAAGAAGAAAAACGAUCUGCAUUAGAGCGCCAGAGACUUAUGUAUGAACAUGAAUUGGAGCAGCUACGAAGAAGGCUGUCUCCUGAGAAACAAAACUGUCGCAGCUCGGACAGGUUUUCUUUCCAGUCCCCCAGCGCUCAGCAGCGAUUGAGACAGUGGGCUGAAGAGAGAGAAGCAACACUGAAUAACAGCCUGAUGAGGCUAAGGGAACAAAUUGUUAAAGCCAAUCUGUUGGUGAGAGAAGCUAAUUACAUUGCAGAAGAACUGGAUAAAAGAACAGAGUAUAAAGUAACCCUACAGAUUCUAGCCUCCAGCCUCGAUGCCAACAGGAAGCGAGGCUCUCUUCUUAGCGAACCUGCAAUCCAGGUGAGAAGAAAAGGAAAAGGAAAGCAGACUUGGUCCUUGGAAAAAUUGGACAACAGGCUUUUGGACAUGAGAGACCUUUAUCAGGAGUGGAAGGAGUGUGAAGAAGAUACUCCAGUAAUACGAUCUUACUUCAAACGUGCUGAUCCAUUCUAUGAUGAGCAGGAAAAUCACAGUCUCAUUGGGGUGGCGAAUGUCUUCCUUGAGUCCCUCUUCUACGAUGUGAAGUUACAAUAUGCUGUACCAAUUGUCAACCAGAAAGGAGAGGUGGCAGGUCGGCUGCAUGUCGAGGUGAUGCGGAUCAGUGGUGACAUUGCGGAAAGGAUUGCUGGAGGAGAUGAUGCUGCAGAUACCUCCUUUGAUAAGGAGACCCAUGAGAACAAACUCACAUGCAUGGUUAAAAUACUCCAAGCCACUGGGUUGCCACAGCAUCUGUCCCACUUUGUAUUCUGCAAGUACAACUUUUGGGAUCAACAGGAGCCAGUAAUGGUCGCACCGGAAGUGGACACUUCAUCCUCUCCUGUCAGCAAGCAGCCUCAGUGCAUGGUUGUCUUUGAUCAUUGCAAAGAGUUUUCUGUUAACAUCACUGAAGACUUUCUAGAGCACCUUUCAGAAGGGGCACUGGCAAUUGAAAUAUAUGGCCAUAAGAUGACCGACCCACGGAAAAACCCAGCCCUGUGGGAUUUGGGGAUUAUUCAAGCAAAAACACGUAGUCUUCGGGACAGAUGGAGUGAAGUCACCAGGAAAAUGGAAUUCUGGGUUCAGAUCUUGGAACAGAAUGAGAAUGGUGAAUACUGCCCCGUAGAAGUAAUUUCUGCAAAGGAUGUGCCUACAGGAGGAAUCUUCCAGCUCCGGCAGGGGCAGUCCCGGCGAGUACAAGUGGAAGUGAAGACUGUGCAGGAGUCUGGGACGUUACCACUGAUGGAAGAAAGUAUAUUGUCCGUUGGCAUUGGGUGUGUGAAAGUUAGAGCACUCAGAUCCCCGAAGACACAUGAGACCUUCCAUGAGGAAGAGGAAGACAUGGAUAGCUACCAGGAUCGGGAUUUAGAGAGACUACGUAGAAAAUGGCUAAAUGCGUUAACAAAACGUCAGGAGUAUUUAGAUCAACAACUGCAGAAGCUUGUCAGUAAACAUGAUAAAACAGAGGAUGAUGCUGACCGUGAAGCUCAACUUCUAGAGAUGAGGUUGACUCUAACUGAGGAGAGGAAUGCGGUCAUGGUCCCCUCCGCCGGCAGUGGGAUUCCAGGGGCCCCAGCAGAAUGGACCCCAGUUCCUGGGAUGGAAACACACAUUCCUGUUAUAUUCCUUGACUUAAAUGCGGAUGAUUUCAGCUCUCAGGAUAACCUUGAUGACCCAGAGCCUGGUGGAUGGGAUGCUACCCUCACUGGGGAAGAGGAGGAUGAGUUCUUUGAACUGCAGAUUGUCAAACACCAUGAUAGAGAGGUGAAAGCGGAAGCUUCGUGGGACUCCGCAGUGCACAGUUGUCCUCAGCUCAGCAAAGGCACCCCUGGGGAUGAGCGAGUGUUUCUGAUUGUGCGGGUGACGGUCGGGCUCAGUCAUCCAGCUGACAUGCAGCUAGUGCUGCGCAAGCGAAUCUGUGUCACUGUGCAUGGCCGGCAGGGUUUUGCUCAGAGUCUCCUAAAAAAGAUGUCUCAUCGAAGUUCUAUUCCUGGCUGCGGAGUGACUUUUGAGAUUGUCUCCAAUAUCCCAGAGGAUGCCCAGGGCGUAGAGGAACGAGAAACAUUAGCGAGAAUGGCAGCUAAUGUGGAAAACACGGCUUCUGCUGACUCCGAGGCUUACAUUGAAAAAUACCUUCGAAGCGUGCUGGACGUGGAGAACUUGCUCACUCUGGAUCGCAUUCGCCAGGAAGUUGCAGUGAAGGAGCAGUUGACCGGCAAAGGGAAGCUGAAUAGGAGGAGUAUCAGCUCUCCCAAUGUGAACAGAUUGUCUGGCAGCCGACAAGAUCUCAUUCCUUCUUACAGUCUAGGCAGCAACAAGUUUUCAGAGAUCCAGGGAGAGGGCCGGUGGGAAAGUCAACAGGAUGUAUCGCAAAUCGCAGUUUCCAGAGGAGCCGCUCCGAUCGCCCCAUCCCUCCCUAGUUGUCCCCAGAAUAACCAUUCUCCUGAUCCAGGACAUAGUAGCCCAGCAGCCUCCUACCUGACCCCAGUCAAAUCCUUUGUGCCACAGAUGCCCAAGCUGCUGAAGUCCCUCUUCCCUGUGCGUGACGAGAGAAGGGGCAAACAGCCGUCUCCCCUUGCACAUCAGCCGGUGCCCCGCAUCACGGUGCAGCCCGCCCUCCCGGACCCCCGGACGCCCAGGGUGGCGGAGGCUCCCCGAGAGAAAACGGGGCUGAGUGUGGCCCCAGACGUGACGGUGCAGACUGCCCCCGCGGUGAAGACCCAGGACAAACCCACCGAGGUGCCUUCGCCACAGUGCCCGGCCACCAACGCCCAGGCCCCCGACGUGCAGGAUGGGCUGCCCAGCCCCGUGAGCGAGGCCUCCAGCGGGUACUUCUCUCACAGCGUCUCCACCGCCACGCUGUCAGAGGCCUUGGCCCCCGGCCUGGAUGCUGCGGCCCAGGCAGGUGGGCAGACGCCCGGCUCGCCCCCUCCUGUCCCCCCUGUCCCCUGCCAGGCUGGCCCGGAGGCUGAGCCUGCCCCUGGAGCUGACAGCGCCCUCCCUGCCUCGCCGGCGGGACAGACCAGCCUUCUGUCACCUCCUGUCCCAGCAAAGCAGACUCUGCAGAGUGACGGUGACAGAGGGGCCCCGGCCCGGGGAGCAGGGUCCUCAGAGAGGCAGGAUGAAGAAGCAGGCACUUCGCCAGCUCCUCUGCCCCCUCCCGCCCCCCAGGAGUCUCCCAGCCGGCAGAGCGGGGGCGACAGUUCCCCUGCCAGCAAGCCGCCAGGAGGACCCAAGGACCAGGCCCGGCCAGCCGCCAGCUCAGAGCCGGUCCCCAAACCACAGCUGGCGCCUGACCUCCUGUCCCAGUCGCCCGCUCCAGCCUCCCCGUUCAGGAUCCGCAAGGUGCGGACCUCGGAGCUGAAGUCCUUCACGCGCAUGCUGGGCGGGGACCCCGGCUGCCCCGGCGAGGAGGACCCGCGGGCCGCAGGAGGGCCCGGCGACGGCAGCGCUGGGGGCCAGGCCCUGGAGAAGCUGGAAGUGUCCUCCGAUUCUGAGGAAGCCAGCGAAGUGCCCGAGUGGCUCCGCGAGGGAGAGUAUGUCACCGUGGGCGCCAACAAGGGGGGCAUCGUGAGGUACAUCGGGCCCACCGACUUCCAGGAGGGGACGUGGGUCGGCGUGGAGCUCGACUUACCCUCAGGUAAGAACGACGGCUCCAUCGGAGGGAAGCAGUACUUCAAGUGCAACCCCGGCUACGGGCUGCUGGUGCGGCCGGCCCGGGUGCGCAGGGCGGCGGGGGCGGCCCGGCGGCGCAGCGCGGGGCUCCGGCUGCAGGGCGCCCCCGAGCCCCGCAGGAGCAGCGCCCUCUCCGGCUCCGCCUCCAACCUGGCCUCCCUGACGGCGGCUCUGGCCAAGGCCGACGGCGCCGAGGGCCCGCGGGCGGACAGGAGCCCCAGGAACCCCGAGGACCGCAAGUCCUGGGCCAGCUGAGGCCGCGCGUGGACUCUGACCGCGGACCGCCCGCCGGGAGCUGGAGGCCGCAGCCCCUCACGCCGGCCCUGGGAGCGGGCCGUGAAGGCUUUUCCGCCAUCCGCGAGGGGAGGCUGGUGACCCCGUUUCUCCCAGGACCCAGGAGGAGGAGGAGGAGGGGCCGGGCCACAGGGUGGCGGGGAAGGUCCUAGGAGCCCAGAGUGGCCCUGGCUGAUGGGGAGGGGCCGCCCUCUCCGUCCCCUGGUCGCGGGCUCUUCCCACCUGGGGCUGCUGCUCUUUUUCUGCUCUGGCAACACCGUUAACCUCCUAACUUAAAUAAUAGCCCUGACCGGUGCCUUCCGCCGCAGAGGCAGAGCCUCCCCCACACCCGCCCACGGCCGGCUUGUCCCCCGGGCUCCUCGCACCAAGUACCCCCCGAAGUGCCUCCUGGCGCCCGAGCUUCUGGGCCCCGGUCCCCGGCCAGCCCGAGACCGCCCCGUUCCCUGGUCCUCGCCACAGGGCUUCUCCGUCUUCCCUGUGGGUGUCUUAGCAUCGUCACACCUGGGAAGUUUUCUCUUUUCCAUUUAUUCCCUCAACAGUGUCUGGAAUCUAUUUAUUUAUAUUUAU